GUUUCUCCAUUCCUCCAUCUAUCCUCAACCACGACUCUGAAUCUCAAGCCAACAUGCCCAAAGCAGAGGCAGGCUCCGCCAAGGCCAUUGGCAAUGCCAUGAAGGCGCGAGGCUUGACCAAGCUGCGCUUCUACUGCCAGGUCUGCCAAAAGGCUAAUCGUGACGAGCAUGCGUACAAGAUGCAUUGCGAGAGCGAGUCUCACAUGCGACAGCUCGCCAUCGUCGGGCAGAAUCCUAAUAAAGUAAUCGACCAAUUCUCCCAAGAGUUCCUCGACGGCUUCAUCUCCCUCCUGUCACGACGUUUCGGCACCCGCCGUAUCAAAGCAAACGCAGUUUACCAAGAGUACAUUCAAGAGCGCCACCAUCUCCACAUGAAUGCCACUCGAUGGGUGACCCUUACCGAGUUUGUCAAACACUUGGGAAAGGAGGGCAUCGUGCAUGUAGACGAGAAUGAGAAGGGCUUCUUCAUUUCGUGGGUGGACAACAGUCCCGCAGCGUUGAAGAGGCAGGCAGCCCUGCAGAAGAUGGAGAGGCAGAAGAUGGAUGAUGAAGGGAGGCAGAGGAAGAAUCUCAAAGAGCAGAUUGAGAAGGCCAAGAGGGAGGAGGCCGCUGGCGAGGGUAGUAGUGGGAAGGCAGGGGGAGAGGACGUUGGAUUGAGGAGAGAGGAGGGCGAAGGGAAGGUCAAGUUGGGAAUCUCGCUGGGUGGCGGCGGGAGCAAGGCUACCGUCAAUGGCAGCAAGGCGGAGGGCGCUAGCGGCGAGGCAGGUCCGGCUACCUCUCCGCCUUCAACAUCAGCGGCGGCUUCUUCACCGUCGUCGUCAGCCACCAAGCCAGCCUUCUCCUUUGGCACAACAUCAGCGCCGACUCCCUUCCGCAUGGGCGCCAACCCUCUCAAGGCCGCCGGUAGCGGGUCGUCCAACCCAAAGCCGCCGCUGGCAAAUGCUUUCAAGGCAGCCGGCUCAGCGCCAUCGUCGUCAUCAACGACCAAGAGGCCAGAGCCGCGUACUAUGGCAGAGAAGAUCAUGCUGGAGGAGGAAGAGCGUAAGAAGCGAAAGAUGAGCGGUCCAAUGCCUAGCGGUGGGCCUGGAGCGGGGAUGAAGAGGAUACGAAUGUAGAACAAGACCAAAGCUGAGUAGACACCAUAUGUAUAUCAUUCAUUCAUUCAAUCAAUUGAGCCAUGUUGGAACG